CUGAUUACGUAAGCUCAACUGACUCCAAUUUAUCUGUCACCCUGGUUGUUGACGUCUAACAGAGUCAUGGCAUACCCGGAUAGUGAAGGCGAGGUCUUCGCGGCCCUAAAUCGCGACAUCGACCCAAAGGUGCUCGAGGAGCGGGAGAAGGCAGUUCAAGAACGGGUUCAGGCGCAAUAUGCAAAGGCACAACAAAGAUUGCAAGAUUUAAUUUCUUCCAAUUCUACUCUUCCAGUUACCAUCUCAUCCAUCCGCGUUAUUGGAGCUACGAAUACCAGGAAAAGCUUCCUCGAUCGGCUAUUCGCUCCUAUACUGAGCGCAAACAAUGACAGGCCAUAUACUCUACAGGAGGCCUUGCAGCUAGCGGGUACAAGUGCUGACAAGCUGCGAAGAUUUGACAUUUACCAUGAGGGUGUUUCCAUGUUUAUCGACAAGCCCGACUCCACCGACCCGUUAUCAACGACAUCCGACAUUGAUAUCUUCCUUGCGGUGAAGGAGAAGGGAAGGAUUGCUUUGAAGACCGGAACGGACCUUGGAAAUACAGAGGGUUCGGCAUACGGCAACCUUCUCCUGCGAAACAUCUUCGGUGGAGCCGAAUCUCUUAAUAUCAACGCCUCCGCUGGCACAAGGACAAGGUCGUCAUAUACCGCAACCUUCGACACACCGAUUCUGAGUGAUCCUGAUAUUCGGUUUUCGCUGGACGGUUUUGCAAGCUCGACUCAGAAGCAGUGGGCUAGUCACGAAGAAGUUCUCAAGGGUGGUAACGCCAGGGUCAGAUGGGCCGACGGUCAGAGCAGGCACGAAGUAGCGUACACAGGGGCAUGGCGACAGAUCACUGCUCUAGCGGCAAAUGCAUCUCCAUCCGUACGACACGAUGCUGGCGAUAGCGUUAAGAGCAGCAUCACGCACACCUGGUUCAAAGAGAGACGGAACCACCCUUUCCUACCAACAAGCGGCUACUUCAUGCGAACAGUUUCUGAGCUAGCUGGUUGGGGGCCGCUGCAAGGAGAUGUGGCAUUCUUGAAAUCCGAAGUCGAAACGUCUGGAGCUGUCGCUAUUCCGCUGCCUGGGAAGGAGGAUAGUGGUAUCACGUUAACUGGAGGUCUUCGCGCUGGUUUACUGUACCCGUUGCCAAUCGGUACGGGUUCUACACCACAGGCAUCCCGCAUCAACGACAGGUUUCAGCUCGGAGGCCCAACUGAUGUUCGCGGAUUCAAGAUUGGUGGCUUAGGGCCAAGAGAUGGCCCCGAUUCUGUCGGAGGGGACGUCUUCGCUGCUGGCUCUGUGAACCUACUCUUCCCCUUUCCAAGGGUCGGAAAGGAUACCCCACUGAGACUGCAGGUCUUUGCGAAUGGCGGCAGACUCCUGGCAUUACAGCAAACGAAGGGAUCUACGUCGAACAGUGUCACUUCGACAAUUGCGAAGCUGGCAGAAGGCCUGCCCAGUUUGGCGGCGGGAGUUGGCAUCGUCUAUGCGCACCCAGCGGCGAGGUUUGAGCUCAACUUCAGCUUGCCUCUAGUCCUCAGGAGGGGAGAGGAGGGGAGAAAGGGGCUCCAGUUCGGAGUCGGUAUCAACUUUUUGUAGGUCUACCUGUAUGAUAUUACGAUGCUUGGAAAGCUUCAUUUUUGAGGCUGAGGGUUGCCAAGCUAGAAUGGGACCGUUGGUGGAUCUUGGGCUCAUUUGUAUACAAAAUCUCCUAAUCUUAGAAAUCUCUGGGCGGGACGGAAAUGUCUUGGUUGCGUUGACCACAAUAUUUGGCAAGGACAGUACCUGGAUUUGUCAAAUUUUUGAUGGCAAUGAAGAGAGGGAAUGAAACUUUAGAACUUUCUCCAAUAAAGGCGAAAUAUCCAGCGUUAAUAGCGUUCAUUAAAAAUGGUGGAAAUGAGAGUCAGCCUUUGAUUGAAUUAUGGCCUUGUGAAGCUGAGAAGAAAGGGGCAGGGGCAAUGCGAAUACGACAGAAAUCCCACAUCACGUGUUUUAAGUGUGUUACGUAACCAAUUAUAGUUGGGAGUUGGCA